UUUAUGAAUAGUAUUGCUAACAUUGCACCUGACCCUGAAAUGUUGAUGUUUGGUGAUGAGGCUGCGAAAGAUGAGAGAACCCUCAUUCAACGCUAUGGCAGAUCGAGGAUUGGAAUGAAAUGCAUCCAAAGGAAGUGUUUCGUACAAGGCAAACACUACUCGAUCUUGCCAAUACUGACUCUCGAUGGAAUCAUUACUUAUGAUAUCAUUGAGGGAACAGUGACGAGUGAGCGAUUUAUACAAUUCUUGCACGAGCAUGUGCUGCCUUUAACCAACCCAUAUCCAGGGCCA